AAAAAGCUACAACUGUCAAAAUGCAGUGAAUGUUUAUAAAAAAAGUGAGUUCCAUGUUCAGAAAUACGUAAUUUUAUCAAGCAAUUUUUAUUUGGGAUUGCUUUUAUUGCUUCAACACGACACAUUCUUUUCAAGGACAUGGAAGACGAAUUAGAGGACAGAGUUUUGCACCAAACCUACGUUUCGUUCAUGAAAAUUUUGUCACGUUUCUCGAGCAGUGCACCGUUUGAUACUCCUGUGAGCUAUUUAUGGAAAAUGGUGCGUCUUUAUUUACUUCGAUCAGAAGUACUAGUGUUCACUUUAGGCAUCUUAUUAUUUUUCAUGUAUCUCCAAACGAUAGAAUUAUGGAGUCGCACAUUACUGAGCAGAUUAUCGCAAGCAUUGAGUCCAAUGGGAGCUGUGCAACGAAUGAAGUUUAUGGAGGGCUCUGAGGCCGAUAAGCAAAGUUGGGAGCUGAAAGGCACCUUAAGUGCAGCUUAUGCAAUCAAAGGAAGGAGAAUGCACAUGGAAGACCGAUUCAUAAUAAAUGAAAACAUUAACAAUACAGGUAUUUCCCUGUUUGCUAUUUUUGACGGACAUGGUGGCGAAUUUGCUGCCAAUUAUGCCAAAGAACAUCUUAUUCAAAACCUGUUCAACAAGAUAGUGGAGCUUAGUGCUGUUAGAGAGGGUAAAAUAAUAAGUACUCCCCCUAAGGAGAGUCCAGAAGAACCGAAGCCCAAAGAAGAGAGCAAUGCAAGUGUUGAAAGAAAAACUAGCUUCAAAAAAGCUGUCAGUACAGCAGAUGACACUUCACGGAAAGAAAUCACUGACCCUGAGCUGUUAGCUCAGCUUUCGAAAGCCAGACCGAUUAUUACAAGAGAAGUGAGGCCUACAGUGAAACCGAUCAAGAAUAUAGCUAUACCAAUAUCGAGCUAUUUGCACAAAGGCAAGAUUAAUUAUGGUAAGCUGCUCACUGAUGAAGUGCUAGCUGCAGACAGGCUCCUGGUGGAGGCAGCCAAGCGUUCCUUGAAUGUGGCCGGAACAACAGCUCUCAUUGCUGUGAUGGAAAAUAACUAUUUGAUUGUUGCCAAUGUUGGUGAUUCUCGAGGAGUUAUGUGUGACUCCCGUGGGAAUGCUAUACCAGUUUCUUUUGACCAUAAACCCCAGCAGGUAAGAGAACAGAAAAGAAUUGAAGCUGCUGGAGGAUAUAUUGCUUUCAAUGGUGUGUGGAGAGUUGCUGGAAUAUUAGCUACGUCUCGAGCCAUGGGAGACUAUCCUCUCAAAGAUAAGAAGUUUGUCAUAGCUGACCCAGACAUUCUUACAUUUAACCUCAAUGACCACAAGCCAAUGUUUUUAGUGUUGGCCUCAGAUGGCCUUUGGGACACCUUUUCUAACGAAGAAGCUGUCAAAUUUAUAAAAGAAAGAUUGGAUGAGCCAGAUUAUGGUGCCAAAAGCCUUACACUACAAGCAUAUUAUCGAGGAUCAGUGGAUAACAUCACUGUCUUAGUUAUAAAUUUUUUAAACAACAAAAUAGCUGCUGCAUCCAUCACUGAGUAAUUAAACAGUCUUUAUACAGAAAUGACAGACCUCUUCCAGCUUCAGAAUGUAUUGAAAUAUUUUUUCUUGCCGUAAGAAUGUUUGGGAAUUUUAAUUGUACAUUUAACAUGCUAUAUUUUUGUAAAUAAAAUAUGGACAACCAUAAUAGUAGAUGUAUAAAUAUCUAUGGAACUUAUAUUUUUCUAACAGCUAUGAUAUAAAAAAUCUAUCUAAUUUUUUGAACCAUACAGCUCAAAAGGUCUAAACUUUUGCAUUUGCAUAUUACUAAAGUUAUAUAGAAGUACAUAAUAUGAAUGUUGUUGUGGUGUGUUAGUUCGGUGUUGAUGAAAAGUAAUUUCAAUGUUGUAAUGUAAAGUUCUAUAUUCAUAAAGUAAAUGCAUAAUAAUAUCAAUUUCGUAUAUUUAUGAAAUGUGUAAAUACUUACGUCCAGUAGUUAUUGUUUAAGCAAAAAUAUAUUUUUGAAUGUUAAAUUGUACCUAAUAUUAUCAUAUUUUUGAAAUUAUAAAUUUUGAAUUUAUGUAUGGUUGUGAUGUGGACACAUUUUGACGAGAAACUUGAAUUUCGGCACUAAUGCAAAAACUGGACUACUUAUGUGAUCUAAAAAUAUCGAUUCACACUGUAUUUUGUUGACAUAAGCAUUGAAGCACCCAAUUUUUUGUUCUUAUUAAGUUUAAUGUUUGGUGUAAUGUGAUAUCAGAUACUUCUUGCAUUUGAAAUUUCGUCUGGAGCAUAGUUUCACUUUUGAAAUGUAGCAGAUUUGCCUAAGUUUUGCCUGUGGUGCUAGUCAUUACUUUUUUCAAUAGUAGUAUGUAUGUAUAAAUAUAGUUAUUUAGAAGUAUUGUGUCUUGAUUCCUUUGUUUUAUAAUUAUUAUGGUAUUUAAAGUUAUUGUGCAUUUUACUUGUAUUAUGUACAUUUAAACUAAAAGUUUUAUUAUAAAAUAUUUUUGUAAUUUUAUCUAAAUUAGUAUGUAUCAAUGAAAUUGAUCAGGAAGUACAAAAACAUUUUCAAUUCUGUAUUUGAUUACAUGGUGUAUAGAGGCCUAUGGAUAGAACGCCUAUUUUUGAUACCAUCUUUAUGGCAGGUAUCCAUUUUCGUAAACUGGGGCCAAUCAAGUUUAGCCAAAAACUUUACAAACUCAAUUUAAUAGGCCUUUUACAAUAAUACUUUGCAUAAUAAUGUUAUAGUGCCAAAUAAACAUUUAUUUUUAUUUGUUAAUAACAGAAUUUAUGAUUUGUUUUAUGUUUUUAUCAAUUAAAAUUUAGAUUUAUUACUGGUUAUGCUUUUAGACUUUUGCUGACGUAACUUUGAACAAGAUACAUAGUUAAAACUAUCUUGCUAAAUGUAAGUGCUGACUGACCGAUCUCAGUAUCAAAUGUGGAAAUAAGAAACUCACCAGCAAUUUUCAGUUACGAUUACCACACGUUUUCGGGAAAUCUUGCAUGAAAAGUAUAUAUAUUUUAUGUUAACUUCUGUUGUAUAUAUUUCAUAUUUUAGAAUAGUGUUUGUUUAAUUCAUAUGUAUCUAACAGUCGCAUUAUUGUCCAAUCGUUUGUUACUUAACUACCAAAGCAUAAUUGUAUGUAUGUAAUAAAUGGUAAUGAAAAAUUCUA